UUACAACUAAGCACAGUGGUUAGUAAAGUUAUUUUAUGUCAAGUAAUGUGUUGAAAAAAAACUACCAUCGAAUUCUAAAUGGAAUUGUUAGCCGGAUUUAAAAACGAUAUAUGUUCCAAGUGAUUUAGCGCUCGCACUGAAAAUGUCAACAUUGCAAAAUAAACAGUAAACAUUUGCUAAUGUCACGAGAGUCUCUUACAACUAAGCACAGUGGUUAGUAAAGUGUCAAGUAAUGUGUUGAAAAUAACUACCAUCGAAUUCUAAAUGGAAUUGUUAUCCGGAUUUUAAAACGUUAUAUGUUCCAAGUGAUUUAGGUUUCUACAAAAAAAUGGAAAAUGGUCUAUUUAGCAGCUUAGUUAAAACUGAAGUGUCUAGAAAUGAAUUGACUUCUGAUGAAUUUAUUUCAAAAUGUUGUGGUGAAAUAAGCUAUAAUAUUGGAAGUGAUUGGUUGCGAUGGGGAAGACACCUCGGUCUAAGUGAUUCAGAUCUUGAUAACAUUGACUCUGAUAAUACAAAAUGUUAUGAAAAAGCUGAUAAUAUUAUUAAAAAAUGGAAACAAAAAAUUGGAAAUCCUUCAUGGGAGCAAUUAAAAAAAGAAUUAAUGGCUUUUAAUCGAUUAGAUAUUGUGAUUAAAAUUGAAACAAAAUUUGGAGAGAUUUCAAGUUCACCAAACAAAAAUUUCACUGUUUCUUCCAAUAAAGAUUUGUUGAGGAUGUCGGCUGAACUAAAAAAAUUUUAUCAUAAAUAUUAUGGGAAAAUUGGUGAACUUCAACCACUAUUAAAAGCAUCUGCAAAUGUUGAUCUCAUACAAAAAUUUGUUGAUCUAUGUAUUGUUGAUGCAGUGAAUGCUCAAAUGGAUGCUAUUUUCAGUGUUGAACGAAAGGAAUUUCUUAAAAAGCAAAUUUGUUAUACACCAAUUCCAUACAGUGAAAUAUUUAUGAAAGAAAAACCAGUAAUAUUAAUAUCUGGAAUAGCUGGUAUUGGGAAAACAUGGUUGCUUAGAAAAUGUUUGCUUGAUUGGUCAAAUGAUUUAAUUUGGAAAAAUGUUGAACUUGUUUUCUAUUUAGAAUGCAGGAGAAUUAAUCAAUAUCCAUAUAUUUCUAAUAUUAAUGAUUUACUAAAUGUGUUCUACAAAGAUAUUGUAAACAACUUUAAUAUUAGUAAUCAUACUGCAUUGUUUCUAAUUGAUGGAUUAGAUGAGUUUAAAUAUUUCAAUGAAUUGUUAAACCCAAGUUUGACUUGUAACUAUCCGAUUGUUAAUGCUUUAGCAGAAAUUCAAAAAUACAGACAUGUAAUUGCUGGUAGAGUUUAUGCAAUAGAUCAAUACCAAAGUAUAUCUACAGAACAUAGCGAUAAGUUAACCAUUCAAGUAAUGGGGUUUAAUGAAAAUGGAAUAAAUAAUUAUGUAGAAAAUCAUGUUAUAGAAGAAAAAAAAGAAUUUGUAAAAACAACUUUAAAGGAGUCUCCAAUCGCAAAAGCCAUGGCAUCUGUUCCGUUUUAUUUAUUUUCAAUGUGUAAAAUUAUAAGUGAUUCGAAAAAAAUAGAUACAAAUUCUUUCUUAACAAUGACAGAUUUGUAUGCAAAUAUUUUUUUAUACUUUUUGCGAAAACAUAUCAUAAAAAACAAUAAGCUGAUAUAUGAGAUAAUGGAAGAUAGUUCCAAUAAAAAGUAUAUUUUAAAUAUUUGUAAAAUUGCAUAUAAAAUGUUUGUUAACAAUAAAAUAAUUUUUUCCAAAGAUGAAAUUCAAGCUUUUACUAAUGACUUUGAUAAAAAUGAAGUUAAUUUCUUUGGAUUUAUAGAAAGGAUUGAAAUAGAUCUUGGUUGUUAUUAUCAAUUUGUUCAUUUGACAAUAAUGGAGUUUUGUGCAUCUGUAUAUGCAUAUAAUUGUUUAAGUAGUGAUAAGAUUGUGGCCAAUAAGAGGCUGAAGAGUUGUUUAUCAAUGAUUUGUGGAUUAGCCAAUAAAAACCCAAAUAGUUUAUUAAAGUUUCUUGUUAACCUGGAUUCUUCAAAAAAAACCUAUAAAGAAUCUUCAUUUUUGUUUUCUAUUUUAGAUCGUUUAAGUAAAGGUGAUGAAGAUUUAUUCAUUGAAUGUUUUUAUGAAAGUCAAUCAUCAUUUAAUGAUGAAAUUAAAUCAAUUGUUGAUGAACGAGAGUGGUGGAUUUCGAUUUACGAUGGAGUAACUUCUUACUUUACUUCUUGCGAAAAUUAUUUCAUAAAUCAUUACGUAAAAUCUGGAAGAAAGUUAUCGUGGUUACAAGUUAAUAAAAAUAUUUUAAGUGAUGAAGAAGAAAAACUUUUAAUACAAUGUUCAACUAAUGUUCGCAAUGUCUUCUUUUGGUGUUCAAUUAAUAUCGAAGGUUGGAAACCGAAAGAUAAGAUUGAAGUGUUGAGGAUAUGGAUCUCAGAUUAUUUAAUAACAAAAAAAGAUUUUGAAGAAAAUUUUCUUCCGUGGAUUAAUCUUUGUAAAGAAUUAUAUCUUUAUCUUCACAAAGACAUUGAUUUUAUUAAUGAAUUUUAUGAAUGGAUUCGUUGUUCGAAUGUCAAGAAGUUUGAGAUCAUGUACCGUGGAAAAUAUUUUGAUAACCUCGAUGAAUUAAAAAACUUUACAACACGAUAAAAUAUUUAAUACAUUAAAUAUAUUAAAUAAAAACAAUAACUA